AUGAGUGAAGAUACAACGGAGGAUGAGAUAAGCAGCUAUGAAGAACCUGAAUUUGUACAAAGUUACAAAUUAUUUAUAAAAUUGUCAGAUAGAAACCUAUUACCCACCAAAUGGUUUGAAGAACUUGUCUCAACUAUAGAUGAAUUUUUUUCAUCUAUUUAUGAUAAAGUUAUUAUGUUAACCAAAGAUACUAAUAUUUUGCCAAAUAAUUAUUGUGUAACCUUUAAACUGCAAAGAGAAGCAGGUGCUGGCACUCAAUUAGUUGAUGCACAAGAUUUUAAAAAGUUUAAGGUUGAAUAUUCCAAACUAGCUGCAAGACAAAAUAAUAUUGAAAUCUAUAUUACAAUUGCGCAAUCUUAUAUUUCUCAAAAACGAAAAAAAAAGGCAUCAGACAUGAAUAAGGAAUUGGCUACAAUUGAAAGUUCUCCAACAUAUCCACUUUUUUCUCAUUCAAAAAUAUCAUCCAAGAAGUUUUCACAAGUCACCCCAUCACAGGAAAAAGCAUCAUUGAUUUCAUUAUUACCAAAAAUGCAAGCAUCACCACCUCAAACAAUUAUAUCACUACUUUCACAUUUGCAAGUACAGGCACCAACAGUUUUGCCAUCAUUACAAAUCCAAGCACCAUUAGUUCUACUAACACAACAAAUUCAUUUGCUAUUAGUUUUAUCACCAUCACAACCACCUUUAUCUUCAAAUUUGUAUAAUCCAUAUCAAGCAUUAUCCUUACAUACUCAAACUAUUCAACCUAAUCUAUAUAUCUCUUUUACUUUACCUACCAUGGCAGAGUUUUUAGGAGAAAUAGAUGAAAAAGAAAAAACAGACUACUAUUAUCAAACUUUUUUAGAAAAAUUUGAAGAGCAACGAAUUUUGGUAAAACAUUUACAAAAAUUGAUGAAUGAAGAACUCGAACAGUGUGGGAUAAAUAUUAUUGGUGCAUGGCAAACUCUACAUAAAUAUGCUGAAAAAUAUCAAAUGCCAAAUAGGUCUAAUUUUUGUUAG